UGGCGUAAAUGCGGACAAAUCUUGGAUAUUUCCCCCCACACGAUCUUUAUCGUUAUCUUCUCCGUUUACAACAUUUUUAAAAUUUCAUCUGCUAUUUAAAUCAAUUUUAGUGUAUUCUGGCAAAUGUCCGACGAGGCUCCCGCUAUGAACGCAGUCGUAUUCAAGAAGCCGUACGAGGUUUCGUACGAGCGCGUGCCGCGUCCCAUCAAUCCCCAAGCAGGCGAAGCAAUAGUGCGUGUGAUGGCGUGUGGACUGUGCGGAUCCGAUCUGCAUCCUUACCGAGGUGCAGAAAAGGGAUUGCGCGAAGACACAAUCUGCGGCCAUGAGUUUGCCGGUAUCAUAGAAGAGGCAGGCAGGGGUGUCACGUUUGCCCGAGGACAGCGCGUGGCUGCCAGUUUCACCACAGCCUGUGGAACCUGCUGGUUCUGCACCCACAACCUGUCUAGUCGCUGCGAUACCGUGCAGCUAUUUGGAUGGGUGAACGAGUCUGGCUGUGGUAUCCACGGCGGCCAGGCACAGUUUGUGCGUGUCCCGCAUGCCAACGGAACUUUGAUGGCUCUUCCCGACAACGUGUCCUUUGACGAGGGCGUCUUGCUGGGCGAUAUUUUUGCCACCGGAUAUUUCUGCGCCAAAAACGCAAUGUCUGCCCUGGCAGACUCCCAAAUGACGCCCGCCGAAAUGACCAUCACCGUGGUGGGGUGUGGUCCGGUCGGGCUGUGCGCUAUUAUCAGCGCGAAGUUAUUGGGAGUUGGCACUAUUUACGCAAUAGACCGUGUAAAGUCCAGGCUGGAUAUGGCUGCAGGAGUCGGCGCCAUUGCUGUCGCUCCCGGAAAGUCUCCGCUGGAUGUCAAUUGUGCAGUAACUCAGAGUGGUCGCGGAAUGGAUGCGGUGUUGGAGGUGGUUGGUACGUUCGACGCGUUGGAUCUUUGUUUCCAACUUGUGCGCCCCGGUGGCGUUGUUUCUUCGGUCGGCGUUCAUGCUCACGACAAGGGAUUCCCCGUGAGUCCCGAGCAGUGCUACGAUAAGAACAUCACUUUCCGCACUGGGCGUUGUCCCGCUCGCUCGUUGAUGCCUGAGGUCUGCCAAUUACUACAAAGUGCGGAUAUUGGCCGCAUCAUCUCUCAUAGGGUUCCGUUGUCUGCUGCUUCGGAGAUGUAUCGGAAAUUCGAAACUCAAGAAAAAGGUGUUUACAAGGUCAUUUUCGAUCCGUGGGCGUAAAAACAAAACAGCAAUUUUUUUACAAAUAAUAUAAAUUUAAACAAUGUUCUUAUCGUCAUGUACAAAAGUUGGGCAUUUAAGA